GGGUUCGUCCUGAGUCUCUGCUCGCUUGUCGGAGCAGCAUCAGUGUGAGGACCGAGCCCGCAUGAAGCGUCCUCAUUUUCCUUUGAGAGGGGACCACAACCUGCUCACCCCGGAGCCCCACUCCUCGCUGGGGAUCAAUGUAAGAGAACAGGUGACGUUGGAAGGGGGUGCCUCAGUGUCACGACAUCUGAGUGACUUGUCCUCCAGGUGUCAGACAUCAGCUUCUCCAAAUCGUCGUCUACGGUUUGAGGAUGAGACAGAAAAGGAGGCGGAGUCUCGUUACCUGGAACGUCAGUUUCAAAGGGGAAGGGUCGGGCUGCAGGGGACCAGUGUCCUAGCAUCCAAGCUGGAUAUAAAUCAGUCCAUUAACAUCCGAUUAGGACACAGGGGAGCUGAACAUGAUGCUGAUCAGCAGCAGAGAGGAAGAACGUUGAUGAGUGUGGCACGUUCUAUUGAAUCAGGGGGGGUCAUGUUUGAAGGCAGAGCCCAGCAGGUACACCACCUUUCCCUACAUCCAACUUUAAAUGAGGUAGAGAGGAAAAGCCUGAAGAGGCCCCAUCUCCACGUGCGGACAGAGUUGCUCAAAGAAUCCUAUAUUGGCUGCAUCACACCUGCAGACUCAGGUGAUGGAGAGGGCGGGGCUGUCAACAAGCAUGUAACAUGGAGAGCCAGUACAACAGGAAUAAAUGGAAACCAGGGUACCACUUCACCGGGCUCCCCCACUGCAGAAAACCCAAUCAACCCGUAUGGCACUUACAAAGUGAGGACGCUUCCCCAGCCAUCUACGACCCAGCAUCAUGCCCAAAAAUGUAUCUACUCUUUAACCCCUCUAACUGUGACAUCACAGAUGAUGUCAGAGAAUGGAAGACUGAAUAACAUUAUGAAAGGAAAGGACCUAAACCAAAACCAGGAAGAGCAGAAGAAACUGUCAGCCACUGAGCGUCACAGAGAAUCUCAAAUUGGACUAGAAGUGAAUAGGAGACAGCCCUGCUCUACCUCAGCUGAGGACAAUGCCCCGCCCACCUCAGGAAGCGCUGAUAGAUCCCUCAGACACCCAAUCAGAGAGGAGCUUCAUAGUGCUGUUUCACUACCUGAACGAUUCAGCAGAGAUGGACCCUCUUGUCGAUCUCUGCGUCGUCUUUUCUCCUCCAUCAAACUGGGCACAACUCGGUCCAGCAGCCUCGACCGGCGAGCCACAAAGCCUCGUCUCCCUGUUGCUGACCAUGGUCCCAAAGAUGACAGGAAGUCCUGCAGUCUGUUAAAGAAAUCACCAUCUGCUCAGUCUGUGUGUGUGGGGGCGCAAGGGUUGCAGAUGAAGAAGUCCUCAUCGUUGCAGAGUUUUGGUUCAGAAAAGAGCAGGAACCGCUGUGCAGACUGCAGAGCUGCUGAUGAGCAGUCCUUGCCCCGAUGUCUGAGCACAGAGGACAUCAGCCAGCCCUGCUCACUGAGAUCUGUCGGUCGGGUUCUUCAGGUCUGUUCAGAUGGGACAGUUCUGUUGGAACUCAGCCGACCAUCAGAUUAGAGGUUCGGGUUCGUGAUCAGCCGAGGAAAAGGGCGAUCAGACUCUGGUAAUAUGCCACAGGGCACUGCAAACUUUGUCCCUUUUGUUCCACUUAAACUACCUUCAAAAGAUGUUAUUGAGAUUUUAAGAGACAGACCAAAAUAAAGUUGUGCCUCAUUAAGUGGAAGAAUGUUUUACGAGUACGAUUCUUUAACAAAACAUUCUAAACACUGAUUAAAGCAAUUAUGCUUCAUUUAUUAAUAUAAUAGUGAGGAAAACUCAGCACAGGAAAGGUUUUUAGUAAAAAAUAAUUUAUGAGAACAAAAAAACAUCAACAGAUAAUCAAUCCACGGGUACGAGGAAUCGUUGCCUUGACUAAGAUUUCUAAGCAGUAGGCAAUGGAGCGCGUGGGACAUGGAAAGGAUCCCUGGGAGCUGAUGGCAACCUGCAUCUCCUGCAGAGCUUUCAGCAUAAAACUAUGAAAAAUAGAAAAUAAUAGAGUUAACACUCUACCCGCUAUGUUUACACGAAGAGCCGGGCUCAGAGAAACGUGGUUAUCAGUGCUCUGAUGUUUCCACAGAACAGCUGAAAUGGUUUAUGAUUAAUUCCUAGAUUAAAUUAAAAUACCAAAAACGUCCUGCAAACAUAUUACAUUUUAAAUUCUGGUACUUGCAGUUAUUCACCACAAACCCACUAGACCAUGGGUCUUCAACGUUUUCCAGGCCAAGGACCCCCAAACUGAUGGCGAGAUGGAGCGGGGACCCCCUAAUUAUAUAUAUUGUAUAAAAUUGUGUUACAUCAAACUGGUCCUAUAGUGCCAUGUGUAAAUGUACCUUGUUAUUGUGCAUUCAAUACUAAGAUACUCAAAUAAUACACAGGUUCAUAUAUUCAUGUUUUUAUUUUAAACAUGUGCGAGGCACAGUGAGUAGGGUGGCCAUGCCACUGCCAAUUAUAAACAUAACAUAACACAAUAAACUGAUACCUGCCAAGAUCAACAAUGUCUGUCAAUUGCAUGCAAUCAUGCAUAAAAGCUAUUUAAAUGGACAUUUUUAAAACACAAAUGUGAAAAGGAAAAUAAGUGAUGCUUGUUAGUGCCACUGGCAUGCAUAAACAUACCUGUUAUAUUGCAUACAAUACUGAACUAUUAACAUAACUGACAGAUUCAUGUUUUAAUUUUAAUUAAUUAAUUUAUUUUUAAUUCAACCAAAACUUUCGCGACCCCCAUGCAGUACCUCCGCGGACCCCCUAGGGGUCACGGACCCCCUGUUGAAGACCCCUGCACUAGACGCUUUACAUCCGGUGUCGUAUUAUUAAAAAGAGUGCGGUGAGUCAAACUGUAUCAUUGUUCUUGGUUUAUUCAGGAUCACUAAACUUCCAGCAUGGCUUCAUCAUAACAAUCAGCUUCACCUGGACUACUUAAGCCGGACGCUCUUUUAUGAUGUCAUCACAGGUGGCCAUUUAUAGUUUCUAACCAUGUGUAACAUUAACACCACAUCUCCCCUCUCUAGAAUCAAUGGGUGGACUACCAUUGAUUCAACAGACCUUAGAGGAUUAUUCUGCCUCUACAGCUGGAAGGUCUGUGUCUCCCUAGAGCUAGGAAAACAAUAUAAACAGAAAUACAUAUUUAAUCAUUCUUGAGCUUUUAGCAUAAUAUUUACACCAAUUAUUUUAUUUCCUUUAGCUACAAAUUCAGUCUAUCUGGUUUCACAACCCGUCUCCCAAACCUGGUUCUAGUAGUAGGUGAAAGUUCAGGAAUGCUCUGCUGUAGAGGUUCUUGGUCUUUAAUCUACACACCUUGUCCUGGAGUAAGUUUGCUAAGAACUCUUGCUCUGUGGCGUGAAUCACAUCUCUCUGCAUCUUUUAUCCUUCUCUCCUUUUCUUUUUGAGCAACAAUCUUACUGUUUGGAAGAACUGGCCUCAACAAAGAUGGAAGUUUUAGCUGCUGGCUCAGUCCAGGCCACCACACUGACUGCCGCGCUCGUUCUCCACAUUUCUCCACUCCCUGAUGUCCUUCAUGUAAUCUCAUGAGCACAUUAUUUCUCAUAAUUGAAGGAAUAACAAGUUUUUCUCUUUUUUAACAAAAAAACAUCAUUCACUGUAAGAAAUGCCUUCCCAGCCCAAUACAGUGUGAGUGCUGGUUCACUGUUAAAGUGUGUCGGCCAUCCUUCCUCACACAGCUGCAUCACCCGGGCACAUAUGCUGUCCCUUUCAGCUCCUCUCUCAGCUCUUCAAGGUAACCAGUGCUUGUUUUAUAUCACACUAUCCACAUAUAUAUCUGAAUCUUCAACCAACUGCGUUUCAGUUUUUGUUAAGUUUUCUGUCAUGGGGGUACGCGACAGUGUGUCAGCUGUCCACAGAUGUUUUCCUGGCAUGUAUGCGAUGGAAUAGGAAUAUCAUGAGAUGCAUUGUAAAGCGCUGAAUACGUGGUGGAAGAGCAUCUAACAUCUGGGAACUCAACAGACUCAGAAGUGGUUUAUGAUCAGUCUCCAUUUGGAAAUGUUUGCCAAUGAGAUAAUUACUGAACCUUUCAUAAGCCCAGGUAAGACUCAAAGCUUCUUUUUCUGCUUGUGUGUAUCUCUGCUCAGUCUGUGUUAGAGAUCGUGACACAUAUGCAACAGGUCUCCAUUCCUGACCCCAUUUCUGAACGAGCACACUCCCCAGACCAAAAGCUGACGCAUCUGCUGAAACUUUACUGCUGAAACUUGACACCGCCGACGUGUGGAAGACUCUGAGGAGAGUCCGUCUGUCCGUCUUCUUCCGCUUAUCCGGGGUCGGGUUG